AUGUCCAACGACCUCUGGAUUUCCUUGAUCUCCACCAUUGACCCAACCCCCGACGCCAUGCCUGCUGUCCUCCAAUCUACCAUCCACCUCCUCGAGUCAGAGCUCGUCAAGGCUCGAGCAGCUCUCGAGGAGAUCCAACCUCAUGCGCCACUCUUUCGCAUCGGCGAUGAGGUCUCCGUCGGCGCAAUGGAGGCCUAUCGCCAAAACCUCAUCGGUCGAGCCCCCGACUUCUACGGCGCACGGCGUUUAACCCCAAAGGAAUUGGGUUUCGAGCCUAUGGUGCGCGAGCUGACUCCCUUGGAAAUUAUCCCAACACCAGCGCCCAUUGCGCAACCCGCGCAACCCGCACCCGCACCGCCGCGACAAGCACCACUCGAGGAGAUGCUAACUAACAGCCUAAUCCUCGACCACAUGGCCCCAUACCUCUCCGUCCCAUCAAUGAUGGCAUUGGCUUCAUCCUCACGCCUGCUUCACAACAUGAUCACACACACUCCAUACCUCUUCCGACACCUCGAUCUAACCCGCUGCAGAGGCGCGCAACUUCGAGAACCUACAAACCAUGAAAAUGAUACCCAAACCGAAGAUGAAUUCUAUUCCAAACCAUUGCGACACAUCUUCAUCAGUCUGGAAAGAAGAUCUAUACUCCAAGACGUGCGCACACUCGUCUUAGACGGUCUCUCCGUCCCAGCCGAUCUAGUCGCCGAAGUCAUCUUAACAGACCGAUUUAACGUCAACAUACUAUCGAUCCGCGAAUGUCGUAAUCUCAACGAACGCAAAUUAAUGCAGGCCAUCCAAUAUUCCGUUCGCCCCACACGUCCAGAGGGAACACCCCGAGUGAAAGGAAUCUACCAUUUCUCACCGCGACACACUGCCCCGCGACCCGUUGUGCGCCGCCGGAGAUACAGAGACUGGUGGAGUGACCGCGUAGGAAACGCAAAUACCCGGAGUUCUAGUGAAUCUUCCUCGAACAAUUCCUCCGAUGCAGAAGACGAAGAAUCCACCCCAGUUCUCAAACACCAGCAGAAUGAAUGGUACUCGCCAACCGGCAAGCUCUACAAGCAUAGCAUAGAGGAAGGUUGGGCGCAGACGAUCCAGAAAUGCGAGGGAAUAAUUGCAUUCGACGCAAUCCUCUGUCGAGGAACACGACAUGAUGUCAACAAUUACACAACGGUGGAAGGGGACGAAAACCCACCCCCACCCCUUACCCCAGAGGUAGCCCCCAUGCUCGGCCCCGCAGUGGCAACAGUCGCCCUAGGCCCACGCGGCUGCGACGGCUGCCACAGUUCCCCCGAAGGCCCAGCAAUCUGGGGCCAAAGUGACACUGGCACUGGCACUGGCAGUGGUGGAGACAUUCAAUUCCCGCUCCUAGGACCGGUACCCAUGCACCAGUCCAGUGUGUCCUUCGCCAAGCGUCCUGAAUUACGCAUCCCUGGUAAACACCCUGUGCUGAUUGCUCGAUGCACGGAUUGUCUUACAGACCGGUGGUGUCACCGGUGCAAUAAAUGGUUUUGCGAGAAUUGUCUGGAGAAUCCGCAGCAUGUUAGGGCUAAUUUGUCGCCGCAUCAGACUGCGAUUUCUCAAGACAGUGUGGCUGAUAUCAUUUCGUUUCACAGAGAUUACAAAGAGGUGUCAGCAAAGAUUGCUGGGAAUGUGGACCAACCUGCGCAUCCUGCAAGCGAGACUGCCAACACACAUGCCAAAGUUGCCGGGGUGAUUAUUGCAUCGAGCAUAACGAGGGAUGCUCAGCCACGAUGGUAG